AAAAAAGAUGGAGUGAGAUGUUUUGGCGAGUUGCCGGGGGGUUUAGUCGUGUCGGGCUAGUUGGGGGGUUUUGCGUUAGUAGGGUUUCUUUCGGUGUCUAUUUUGGAGUUUAGACUAUCUACUUGCAGAUUAAUGUCUAAAUUCUUUGCUCCAGUACCCGAUUUGAUUUUUUCUUCCCAAUUAAGCUGCCGCUCUCCUCAUUCUUCAUCAAUAUCUUGGGGCCAUUCUUUUUUUUGCUCUGUAUUUUUUAAUUUUCUUUGACGGCUUAUACAAUAUAUACAAACAUAUGAGUCGUCAAUCUUGAUCUUCCAUUGUAAUCAAUUCAAAUUUCAAUCUGGUUGUUGUUGAUACUGGAUACUGAUCAACAGUACACCUUCUAUCAGGCUUGCUUGGUCUGCAUUGAUUUUUGUCUCUCUCUAAUUUGGCAAAUCACCGAAGCUAGCCACACUAAAACGAAACUUCAAGAAGGAAACAAGAGUUCAUAUACUCACACAUACACAAUUUCCUGGUUUUAUUGGAAAGAAAAGGAUGAGCUUUCCUGAUCUCACACCACCACCACCACCACAUUCCUUUGUCUCAUUGCCAUAUGCUGGAGGUGAUAUGGCAAGCAUCUGGCCUCCACUGCAGAUGAAACAAGAACAGCUUGAGCUGUAUCCUCAAUUUGAGAAUGAGCCCCCUUUUAAAAGAUCAAGAAGUUCUGAUACCAACCCACCAAAUUCUUCAACUUUCCAAAAUCUGAAAGUGAAUCCACCAAAUCUCCCUGGAAAAGGAUCAAACCAUAUAUUUUACAAGACGCGGAUGUGUAUGAAGUUCUUGGAAGGGAGCUGUAGGAAUGGUGAGCACUGUACUUUUGCCCAUGGUCCUGAUGAUCUGCGAGAACCCCCUCCUAAUUGGCAGGACAUCAUUCGUGAAAAAGAUAGAGGAGCUGGGAACUGGAACAGUAGUGAUCAGAAAGCAAUGCAUAGGAUGAAGAUCUGCAAGAAGUAUUACAAUGGAGAGGAAUGCCCUUAUGGAGAGAGGUGUAAUUUUCUACAUGAGCGUUCGCCUCAAUUUAUUAAGAAUGAUAUUACAAGAGAUCAGAGAGAGAGUUCUGCUAUAAGGAUUGGAACUAGUGGUCAUGUGUUGGGGAAGAGAAGUGAUUCUGAUCAGUUUGAGAUUAACCAGCAUUCACUUGUUGAUCUAGACACUUACCGAAUUAAAUCUACAUCCUGGAAAACAAGGAUAUGUAGCAAGUGGGAAAUCACAGGCCAGUGCCCAUUUGGCGAUAGAUGUCACUAUGCUCAUGGCCAGUCAGAGUUAAAUUCUCCUGCUGUAAGAAAUGAGAUUGAAGCAACAUCAACUUUUGCUUCCAUCCAAAUCAAGCCUCAUUUUCCUGUGGUCGAUCAGCCCCAUGCAAAUGUUGUGCCAUGUCCUCAGGUGAAUGAACAGCAUGAAGAGGGCAAGAAGUUCUUGAAAUGGAAACCAGGCAAAAAAAUCUGUCCGAUAUAUGCUGAUUGGAUUGACGAUCUAGUCCCUCCACACCUCUUGGCUGGUAAAGUGGACGCUGAAUUCUGAACUCAGGAAUGUGUCGUGAUGUCUUUUCUUUAGAUACUGGAGGGAUAAUGUGAUAUAGAGAAAUCAAGAUGGAAAGCCGCCCCUCUUUUCUUUUUUUCUUUUCAGUACCUCACUGCAACUUUUCUAUUCAUUGAGUUUUGAUUAACCUUUUUAUAUAUAUAUAUAUAUAUAUAUAUAUAUAUAUAUAUAUAUAUAUAUUUGAGUUUUGGAGUUGUGAUUGAGUUUGCAUAUUUUUUCUAGUAAAGAGUUGUAAUAAGAUUACUUGAUGGGGUUCUCCUCAUAAUGAUACUUCCAAACAAUUUUUAUCCUAUUU